CCAAAAGGGUCGAAGGAGAGGGAGAUGAAAGGAAAAUAAACAGAUACCAGAAAUUUUUUAAAAACAAAAAUUAAUUUUUUUUUUUUUUAAGAAAAAUGGAUCGUUUAUAUUUCUAUUCUUCAAAAACGUUGCCAUCUUUUUCUCUCCUUUUCUUCUUCCUCUUCCGUUUCUCCGCUGCCUUCAAUCUCUCCACCAUCUCCUUUGAUGAAGGUUACAGCCCUCUCUUCGGCGAUGGCAACCUCGUUCAGUCGCCGGAUGGGCGCAACGUCCGCCUCCUCCUCAACGUAUACACAGGUUCGGGUUUCAUUUCUUCGAGUAUGUAUCAUCAUGGAUUCUUCAGCGCCAGAAUCAAGCUACCGUCGGAUCAUACUGCCGGUGUUGUCGUGGCCUUCUAUACAUCAAACGGCGACGUGUUUGAGAAGAAUCAUGACGAGCUGGACUUUGAGUUCUUAGGGAACGUCGAAGGGAAGCCAUGGAGAUUCCAGACAAAUUUGUACGGAAACGGCAGCACAAACAGGGGAAGGGAGGAGAGAUACAGCCUCUGGUUCGAUCCCUCCAAGGAAUUCCACAGAUACAGUAUUCUUUGGACAGCCAAGAACAUCGUAUUUUACGUUGAUGAAGUUCCGAUCAGGGAAGUGAUCCGUAAUGAAGAAAUGGGCGGUGAUUAUCCGUCGAAGCCGAUGUCACUUUACGCCACCAUAUGGGACGCCUCUAGCUGGGCCACCAACGGCGGUAAGAACGGUGUGGAUUACAAGUACGCGCCUUUUACUUCCGAGUUUAAAGACUUUGCUUUGGAGGGCUGCCCCGUCGACCCCAUACAGGAAUCUCUGGACACUGUUUGCUCUGAGAGCAACGCCUUCCUUGAGAGCCGCGACUACGCUGUCAUUACUCCGGAGGGGCGGGCGGCCAUGCGUAAAUUUCGCCAGCAUUACAUGUACUACUCGUACUGCUACGACCGAUUGCGGUACGCUGUCCCACCACCAGAAUGCGUCCUCGUUUCGUCGGAGCAGGAACGGUUCCAGGAGACUGGAAGAUUGAAAUUCGGCGGCAGUGUCAGGAAACAGGCUAGACUCUCAAGGAUCCGCCGCAAGAGACGGUCUCGGGUUCCUUCCGGCUCCACCCAGGCUGAGAUGUGAAAAUUGUAAAUUGAAAUUGUUAACGGUGUGUUGUUUAAUUUUUAUAAACACGUUAAAUUAAUUUUUCCUGUAAUAGCAAUAUAGUAGUGGUAAAUAGAAGUACAUAGAUUAAUGUUAAGCUGACAUCACUACUAAUGGGUAAUGACCAUACCGAACCCAAAAAAUAUAUGUAUAAUUGAAUU